ACUUCAACCCAUGUCCGUCAGUUCUUCCAUAGAGUGCUUCUGUUGCAAUCAAUGCUUUUCUCACAUCAUGCACUGGGAGUUAUAAGUGUUCCAGAAGUAGGAAGUGAAGGUGACAAGGGACUUGAGAGCGCAUGGAGACAUCAGUGGACAGGACCAUGGAUAAGGUGUCCUACACCCAGAGUAACCCCCUGUUUGACAUGUCCCUUAGCACCACUGACCUCUACAGCUCCCACCCCGACGAUGUGAUGACAGCGAAGCCCAGGAGACAGUGGUGUUUCCAUGUGGUCAUUGUGUACCUCAUUUUUCAGACCGCUCUUAAUGCCUUUAUCCUUUAUAAAGUUUUCACUGUGGAUUCAGUGUCAGAGACCCGGCUGGAGAGGCUGAUGUCUAGGUCCACUCUGGGUGAACACACCUUCCAGACUUGGCUCUACAACAACAGUCGAGAAACGGAAACACUGAGGGGCCAUCUGUGGGCCCUGAAGAGCCAGAUGAGCAGGCUGUGUGGAGAGCAGGGUCAGCUGGAGAGACUGCAGGCUGAGCUGAGCCUGCUCAACAGCAGCUCACACACCUUGGAGCACCAAGUGAACACCAUCAGCCUCCAACCAGGACUUCCUGGUUCUCCAGGUAGAGAGGGACUUCAAGGACCUAAAGGUGCACCAGGAGAGAGAGGCCUCAAAGGUGACAGUGGUGUUCCUGGCCCUCUAGGUCCUAAGGGUGAAAUGGGACUCAAAGGCCAACCUGGAGAGCCUGGAGUUGAUGGUCAAAUUGGUCCAAGGGGUCCACCUGGGUUCCCAGGAGCCCCAGGGGACCAAGGUCCAGGUGCAAAGGGAGAGAAAGGAGACCUGGGGGCCCAAGGUGUAAGAGGACCUCCAGGUUUCAAUGGAACUGAAGGCCCCCCCAGCCCCCCUGGUGCCAAAGGAGACAAGGGAGACCCAGGAAUCACUCCAGAGGUGAAGGUGCGGCUGAUCCCGGGGCGAUCUCGAGGCCGGGUGGAGGUGAAGUAUAACGGUGUGUGGGGCACCGUGUGUGACGACGGAUUUGACACUGUGGAUGGGAAGGUGAUUUGCAAGAUGCUGGGCUUCCAGACCGCCAUCAGCACCUUCACUGCCAGCCCGGGGACCGGGAGGAUCUGGUUGGAUGAGCUGAAAUGUUUGGGAACAGAGUCAGACGUCUUUAACUGUCGUCACAGUGGAGUGGGUGUUAACAACUGCAAUCACAACGAGGACGCUGGACUGAUAUGUGUUUAGAGUCACUCAGAAGAAUGUGCUUCAACUGUUUAACGGGGGGAAACAAUGCAUUGACAAUAUCUGCAGGUCUCACUGAGAAUACGAAUAGUGAACCGUGCUCCUACUAAUGAUGUUCACAGCUGGAUUUUAAUUCAUAUUAUUAAAACAGCAUAUAAAAUGGCUGUUAAUUAUUUUUACACUGCAUAACUUAACACACUAUGUCUGUAAAAUUGAUAAUGGCAUAAAAAUGUUACUGGAAUAUAUCUCUGGCAUCUUCUCUUGACUUUGCACUCAGUGGAUUAAUCAUAUUUAAUGCAAAAUGAGACCAAGCUGCAAGUGUAACAGGCCCCGCUAUGCAGGGCGCAAUAAUAUGCCUGUGUAACAGGAGACAUGAUGAGCAGAGGAAACCCUUAUACUGCUCGUUUGGCGGGUCUUGCCAGAAUUUUAUUAAACAAUUGUCCAAAACAAA